AUGUCUUCGCCCUGGCUGUUUGCAGUGCAGACUGUUAAAGCCCUGCUGCGCCAGCUGCUGGAUGAGGACGUGUUGAUGGCGAUCGGUCGCAAGUGUGGCUGGGACAUGCUCCUCAAGGCUGACAGCCACCACUAUGCAGUGGGUCUGCUGGCCAGGGAGCUGUGCCGUGUCUCCCGCUCCUUCUGCCGCAGCAUCGCCGUCAGCCUGCUCCCGCGGCUCAGCAGGGGAGAGCCCCUGUGGGAACUGCCUGCCCUGGCGUUCCUGGUGGAGGUCCUGCACUGCCUGAACCCCAGACAAUGUGGGCCCAGCGUCCUGCAGAUUAUUUCCAGGCACCUGCGCAGUCAGUGCCCGGAGAGGCGUCGCCUGGCGCUCCGAGGCCUGGUGGUGCUCAGCAGGGAUCCCGCAAUGGCUAAGAGCAUGCGGAGCCUGAGUGAAAGCCUCCUGGAGCUACUGCAGGAUGCAGACACGGACGCGGUUGAGAUGACUCUCACUGUGUUCAUCAAUGUGCUGGGCUUGAAAAUCAUCAAAAUAUCCAGCCCAAUAGCCCUGAAGUUGCUUGAGGUGCUGCGACCACUCUUUGACAACGAAACUUUGGGCCCAGUGUCUUUUCAGGCCUGUGCCCCGGUGGGCCUGGAGAAGCCAGUGCUGAGGUCUUUUCCUCUUCCUUUGCACCAGGAGCACAGCCAGCUGCAGCAGCUCUCCAUGCUCCUCUUCCGGGAGCUGAUGGAAGCGACAGAGAGGAGCAAGAGCCUAAAGCCACACGUGUACCUGAGUCUGGUGCCAUUCUACUUCAACUGGCACGAUAAGAACCAGCGUGUGGCAGAGGCCUCUCGGAGAGCACUGUUUGGUGCAGCCAGGUUCCUGAAGUGGAGGGAUCUUGAGCACUUGGUGACCAUGGAGCAGCCGUGGAGGUUUCCCGAGUGCCUGCUGGAAAAGGACAGGAGCCGAGUGGGCCAGUACGUGCGCCAGGCCCUGCCGUUCCUGGAGAGCCCAGAGGAGCCCCUGCGAAAGCUGGCCAUCAAGUUUCUGGGGAUCGCCGCCAGGUCCAUGAAGCAGGAGCAGCCAGAGCUGCAGCUCAUCUCCCUUCAAGACAUGACUGAUGACAGCCCUGCCAUCUCAAACCUGGCCCAGGAAACACUCCACAUCAUCAGAGCUGUACGGAGGACGUCAUUCUUCUCAUUCUGGUAG